CAGGGGAAAGGCUAAAUGUAGGUAGGGUGUAAGUGUGUAUGCAAGCAUAUGCAAGUGAGCAUGUGUGUGUGAGCAUCUGACUUAUUGUAAAUGCUUAUUUGUGUACACGACCGGUGCUGUGCCUCCACUGCAAUAUAAAGAAACUGAGGACUGGAAGAAGGAAUUAUCAGCUUUUCUGAUUGCCUUUUGGAUUGAUACUGAGCUUUAAAUUCUCACUUUUAUCAGGACACUAACUAAAACGAAAUGGGAGAAGAUGAACAAUUUGCUGAAAAACACAUCCAGAAAACUCAAGCUGCUCCACAGAUUGUGGCUGGUGACCCAACAAGUUAUUUUACUCCACCCAGCAAUGUCUAUUCUGCCAUUUUGAGCCGCAAUGAGGCUGUUAAAGAUGCAAGGCGUCUUAAGGACUUUCAAGAGCUCAGAGACAAAUAUGUGCUUAAAAAGGUGCUGUUUGAAGACCCGCUGUUCCCUGCUGAGGACUCCUCUCUUUUUUUCAAUGAAAGGUUUCAUCUGAAGUUAGAAUGGAAGCGCCCAUCGGAAAUAUGUAGCAAUCCACAGUUCAUUCUUGGGGGAGCCAACAGGACUGAUAUCUGCCAAGGAGACCUGGGAGACUGCUGGCUACUGGCUGCCAUUACAUGCCUGACUCUGAAUAAAGUAAUCCUGCAAAGAGUGGUUCCCCAUGACCAGAGCUUCAGUGAAAACUAUGCAGGCAUUUUUCAUUUCCAGUUCUGGCGCUACGGCGAAUGGGUGGAUGUGGUUGUUGAUGAUCGACUUCCAACAUACAAAAACCAGUUGGUGUUCACCAGGUCUGGACAGAAGAAUGAAUUUUGGAGUGCUCUUCUAGAAAAGGCAUAUGCGAAGAUACACGGUUCUUAUGAAGCUUUGAGGGGAGGAAACACACUGGAGGCCAUGGAGGACUUUACAGGAGGUGUAACCGAGUUUUUUGAGAUUUCAGAAGCCCCCAAAGAGUUGUACAGCAUCAUGAGGAAAGCUUUAGAGAGAGGGUCCCUUGUGGGCUGCUCUAUAGAUACUUUGGUUCCAACCGCUUUGAUGACAAAAACUGUAUCUGGACUUGUGAAAGGACAUGCGUACUCAGUCACUGGAGUUGAGCAGGGUAAACGAAGGGAUUGUAAGGACCUAAAGAUCCGUCUUGUUCGUGUACGAGACCCAUGGGGAGUUAAUCCCCCUCCCACCUGUAAGUCUAAUGAAUGGACUGCACUGGCAACCACUGAGCAAGACAAAGAGAGACUGCGACCUACAGAGCAAGGAGAGUUCUGGAUGUGCUUUGAGGAGUUUAAGAAGAACUUCACCAAUCUGGAGAUCUGUAAUCUUACCCCCGACACCCUGCAGGAUGACCAGAUGUUUAAGUGGACUGUGGUCAUGCAUGAGGGCCGAUGGGUGAGAGGAUGCUCUGCUGGUGGCUGCAGAAACUUUCCAGACACAUUCUGGACAAACCCUCAGUACCGUCUGGUUCUUGUGGAGGCAGAUGCCAAAGAGAAGACCUGCACUGUAGUAGUGGCACUGAUGCAGAAGGGCAGGCGUAAAGAGCGCUGCCUAGGUGGCCAUCUACAUAACAUUGGGUUUGUCAUCUAUGAGGUUCCUGAGGAGAUGAAAGGCAAUCAACAACCGUUGCAGAAAGAUUUUUUCCUUUAUAAUGCAUCUAUAGCUCGCUGCAAGUCUUACCUCAACAUACGUGAGGUAACAGAGCGUUUCAGACUGAAACCAGGAGAGUAUGUCAUCAUUCCCUCUACCUUUGAGCCUCAUAAGGAGAGCGAGUUUCUUCUCAGGGUCUUCUCGGAAAACUGGAGCACCUCAGAGGUUAUAGAAGCAGAAAUUGAAGCGGGGUCUGUGGAGACAGAUAGCAAGAUGAAGACGUAUAGGCCUGUUGAGGAGGAAACAGAAGAGGAGAAACAGUUCAGGGCCAUAUUUCAGCAGAUCGCUGGAGACGACAUGCAGAUCAACGCUUAUGAACUCAGAACUGUACUUAACAGGGUGAUUGCCAAACAUAAAGAGCUUAAAACAGAAGGCUUCAGUCUGGAGAGCUGCAGAAGUAUGAUUGCACUUAUGGAUACUGAUGGAACAGGCCACCUAAACCUGCAAGAGUUCAAGCAUUUAUGGAGUAAGAUCAAACAGUGGAAGCUGGUUUUUAAACAGUACGACACUGAUAAAUCCAGUUCGAUCAGCAGCUUUGAGAUGAGAAACGCCGUUACUGAUGCAGGUUUUCAACUCAACAAUCAGCUCUUUGACAUUAUUGCCAUGCGCUAUGCUAAUGAAAACUUGCAGCUGGAUUUUGACAGCUACAUAAGCUGUUUAGUGCGACUCGAGGGAAUGUUCAGGGCAUUUCGAGCUUUUGAUAAGGAUGGAGAUGGCAUUAUUAAGCUGAAUGUUUUUGAGUGGCUCCAGCUGACCAUGUAUGCCUAACCAAACAGGGACGUAACAUCUGCCAUUUCAGCUCAGGUCAAGUGGUUUAUCAAAGACUGUACAUCAAAAUGGGUGUUCGGUAUUGUUUCAAUUCUUCAAAAUAUAAUUUAUAAAUUAAAAUUUGUCAAUGUAAA